AUGCUAUUGAAUCUUGGCCUCACAGCGGAUGCCGCAGCUGCCCACGCGAAUGAACCCAAGGAAUCAGAAAUACACCCCGUCACUGCCCGUUCACCAACUUUCUCAUUGUCUACACUGCCCUUUUUGAACACCUUCUGCUCUCGCCCCACGACACCCGAUGGGUUUGAUGCGUGUCCAGGGGUUGUUUCCGCCAUGGAAAUGAGGCCGACUGAGUUGUCAUCGGGCUCCAGUGAAAUGAGACCAGUUUCCGCCGCCGCCAGGCCACAGCCUGUUCGUGUGCACACGGAUCGCAAGUCGCGACCUAAAACAGCUUAUCAGUUCGCACAUCCUGCGGCUCAUGCGCGUCACAAGCGCUUGAGACUCCGCCCCAAGCUCCUCUUACAGUUGCAACAGGUGUCACAGACUCCUAGGCCCAUACCAGUGGUGGAUGUCCUGCCUUCUACUUCCUACCUGCCCCUCCUGGCGCGCAAAUUCCCGGCGAUAUAUCGCACCCGAAACGGAUUGGGUCCCAAUGACGUCGUGGUGGUGAUAAGCGAGCAAUAUGAACAGACUGUCGCCAGCAUACCUGAAAAACGCAUUAGCUCGGAGGACGAGGACGAGGAUCAUCGCGAGGUUGUGGCCACCAUCUGUCAAAAGCUACAGGAAGACGCGAGACUGAAAGGGAAGGCGGAGAUAUGUCUCAACUUUGGGCCUGUCUGGGAAGCGACACCACUACCGAGCGGGUCCUUUGAAUUUGUUGCUCAGACGGACAACGGUGUGCAGGUCGUGAGGUGGGCGCUGCGCAGUGGGAGGAGUCGUCGAAUGACUGCUCCUACCGGAACCCAACGUGAGAGUGGCAAGCGAUUUACGUUCAGCGUUAUCGAUCCCAGCACCCGCCGACAUCCAGUCAUCGCGUCUUUGACACGGAACCAGCUUGAAGUAAAUGAUGAAUACUCCAUGCCCACUCGGUCUGGCACCGGUCCUACUACGCCAAACUCAGGAAUGUCAGUGGCCAGCGACGCCUCGGACGGAGAAGCUCCAUUCGAUUCUCACCCAGUUGUUCUCGAUGAUGGGCUACGGACUCUGAUCAUCAUCACCGGCAUCUGGGUCGCUUUCCGGGAAGGAUGGUCCGACAAUCUCCGAUACGGCGAUCCGGUCUCUGCCGCCGGUGCAAGGGCGCUCAUGUCUCCAGCUUCUUCCAGACACGCCUCUCCGACAACUGCUAAGAUGGAAAUUGACUCUUUCCCCGAAAAUGAACCGGUCAGCCCAAUCAAAGAGGUCACCAGUGGAGCCAAGCGAUGCAUGUCAAUGUCCAAAAUUCGUCGCUCUACUGACCCCGUCCAGGCAGACGGGGAUGCAUUUGGCAGUUUGUCCAAGCGCUCGAACUCCACUGGGGCGGCAUUCAUGGACCGAGCCAAACGCCGCUCUGCCUCGGGCCUUAGCACCAAAGUAAACAGACACAGCAUGUUCACUAGUUCUGAACUCGGCCGGGAGAUUGUUGUCUCCCGCCCAACGUCCCGCCCUCCAUCUAUACGUCAAAGUUCUGCCGACUCGGCGGAGCUAUCGCAUUCUGUUCGACCGAAGGAAAAGUCCCUCACGAAAACGAAAGCACCUAAAGACAUCAAAUUUGCAUCAGGACCAGACAAAGAUAUCCCGGUCCCAACACCUCGCAACACAACACACAAAAGUGCGCCCAAAGAAAAGCCAGCUCCUCCACGGGCCGAAGCCUCUGAUGCAGCGCCAACCAAGAGCAAGCGCCGAAACCGCCUGAGCUCCUUCUUUGGGAUUUUCCAUCGCAAACACGAUACCCACUGA